AUGGUUGCAACGCCAUUCAAGGUUAUAGACAUUAGUGUCUGGCAAGGAGACAUCGAUUUCAAUGCUGCCCGCGAUCAAUCCGGCAUCCAGGGUGUCAUGAUUCGCUGUGGUUAUGGUUCUGCUGAUCCUUCUCAAGUUGAUAAGCAAUUUGUGAACCAUAUCAGAGCCGCUAUUGCAUGCAACAUGCUCAUUGGUAUCUACCACUAUGGUUACGCCGAGAAUGUUCAAGAGGCUGAAAACGAAGCUGAUUUUGCACUUUCUAUCAUUGAACCAUACAAACAAUACAUCACAUUACCUGUUGCUUAUGAUAUUGAGGAUCCAACAAUGAAUGUAGGACGAGAUCUAGUUGGGCAAAUGGCUGUGGCGUUCGCAAAUCGUAUAAGGGCAGCUGGAUACAGAGCUAUGACAUAUUGCAAUUUGAAUUGGGCUACUAAUUAUAUAAAUAUGGAUUGGAUUAACAAUGCUGGUAUUGAUGUUUGGAUGGCGCAAUAUAACUCACAAUGCACAUAUUGGGGACCCUACACAAUGUGGCAGUUCACUGAUGCUCAGCCAAUCGGCGGUUACUACGCUGGUGUCGAUUGUUCUUGGUGCUAUGUUGCAUAUGCUUAA